AUGGGAUUCGAAGACUCGACUUCCGUGGCUGGUUUCUACAAGAUCUCUCCAGACAGCCAAAGUCCUCGCAUCACAUCUUCGAUGACAAAAGAUCAACUAUCACCAACCGUUGUCUUUGGUCUCCAGAACUGCACCAUCGAAAUUGACUUCGAAGACGAAAAUACCGAUGGAGCACAGAAGAUCAAACAGUUGAGAGAUCAAUACAAACCCUGGUUCGAAAACAUCAAAAACGAUGCUGCACUCAGCGAUGCUCUUCCUGAAAAUCAGUCGGUUACGAUCAUCGCAACUUGGAGGAAAAAUUGGAAGCAACCCACGAAACUUUGCCACUGGCUCUUGAUGCUCCAAGAAAAAAUCAAAUCAAAUCGACAAUCUCUAGGGCAAGGUUCCGACAAAGUUCCGACAUGCUUCUGGUAUUAUUACCAACAAAUGAAAAAGUUAGAAGCGAGCGAUGAUGAGGUCAACAAUAACAAGAACGACCAAGAUGCAUGUGUCCCUGGAUAUCCUUGGCUGGCUCCUCCAACUGAGGAAGAGCAACACAAGCCCUUGAUUCCAUUUGUACCUUACUUCAUCGAUGACCACGAGCGGUAUUUCAGGCUCGGGAUGGCAAUGAAGAGAGAGCGCGAAGAACAGCGGAAAGUGAUAGAGGACGUCUUCACUUUCGACCGCACACACAAGGCAACCAUUCGACAGGUCGGCCAGGAGUAUAUCCAUCUCCAAAUAAUCAUCAAUAGCUCCUAUGAGGAGCUAUUCAAGGUCCCAAAUAUCAACGAGGGAGUCAAAGUUGAUGUGGAGACAGGAGAUGGGUUUGGUUUGAAAUUUCAUGGCAAAACUAUCGAUGUGCCAACCGAUGCCGAUCUUGUGGUUGAGCUGAAGUCGCUCGACGUAGGGGACUUUCUGCCAGAUUCUGAUUUCGAAGUCAAGCUUAACAUCAAGCCAAACUUGACUAUCGUCAAAAAUCAGAUCAAGGCUAUCAAAGAUGCCUCACAGAAGCUAGUGGUCGGCGACACAUCCGAAACACCAGGUGCAGGAUUCUCUCUUCUGAGGACCGUACUGGCACACGGCUCCGAAGUGAACACCCAAGACCCGAAUUACUUCGUUUUAGACACAGCGAAGAUGUCUGGUCUGGAAGAGCAUGUCAUUCGUGACAGAUUGGCUGUCUUGGAGAAAACGUUCCAGCUUGACGACACUAAACGACAGGCGUACACAAGCUCUGUGAGAACCAUAGUUGCUGGUGUAAGCAUCAUUCAAGGGCCUCCAGGAACAGGCAAGACACACGUCGCUGUCGCAAUCGUUGUGACGCUUGCUUCCCUUGGGCUGAAGGUACUGCUUGCCGCCGGAUCAAAUAAAGCAGUUGACAACGUUUCCACCGCGAUCGCCAAAUUCUUCCACAAGCAUCCGCAGUUAAAACAGUGGUGUGGAAUCCUUACUCGUGCCCGAACACCAACUUGGCAACUCUCAUUGUUACGGGCCAACAGCGGCAAUUCAGUCAGUCCGAAACGCAGCGCCAACGGAUGCAGACAAGAUACUGCUGGAGUAUCAAAUGCCAUCAAUGGUGCUGGAUUACGCCAGCUAGAAUAG